GCGCCGCGGCAUCAAGCAGGCGCUGCUGGGCCCGACCGAGCGGGGGGCAGCCGCGCAGAAGAAGCUGGGCGCCAUGCGGGAAGAGCUCAGGGCAAUCAAGGAUGGCAAUCAGGAGAAGCCCGCAGACGAGGAGCCGCAGGCGCGCUACGCCAGAGAGAAGCUUGAGAAGGAGACCGGGACCUUGGCUACCGACGUCAGCUGGUUUGAGAAGCGGAUGGAGGAGGCCGAGGCAAGGCUCGAGAGGAGGCAGGAGCAAUUGGGGAUUGCCAGGGCCAAGGAGCAGGAGCUUAAGGUGCGGGACGGGGUCAGGGAAUCCCCGGCCUUCCCUGCGGCCAUGCAGAAGCAGUUCGGAGGUGCGGUCGAAGGCGGCGGCAUCAGUAGGCAGGAAUAUGAGCAGGUCCUCACGGGCGAGGCGCAGCUGCGCCACGGGCAGCAGCAGCGCAAGAUGACGGGCUACAGCUCACUGUUGAAGAACAAGAAUGGCUCAAAGCAGGAGGAGUACCAGAUGAAGCUACACCUGAACAGCGGAAGCGAUGGUGGGAGGUGUGCGCCAGCCUGGCCGAGCAAGCAGCAAAGAAGCAGAAGCGUUCCUGACAAUCGAGUCAGGAAGCCCAAGCAUGACGCGGUCACGUUGUGGACGUAUAGCGACUCGGGCUGGGGCGCGAUAGUAGAGAAGAUCAUGGAAGAGUUGCAGGGGCGGCUGCAAUGCUACGCAGUGCAGGAGCACCACCUGACCACGGACAAGUUGGCGGUGGUCUCGCAGAGCAUGAAGGCACAGGGGUGCCACGCGGGCGGCGCGGCAGCGGUGGCCGCCACGGGGCAGAAUGGUAGGACCACAGCGGCGUGGCUGUCGAUCGGGAAGGGCGUGGUGUUCGCCACUGUGUACCUGUGGGCGGCCGAGGGCCAUGACGCGCAGGCCCCGCACGUAGAAGUGCAGGAAUCCUGGCCAGUGGCGCCGCGCGAGCCAGCCCGGCUCGCGAUCGAGCUCCAGGCCGUGGAGCGCAGGGUCAGAGUGUUGGAGAAGCCCAAGGCGUUACCAGAGAUGCAGAUAGGCGCCGACCUGAGAUGGAGGAAAGCGAAGGAUCAAGACAUGGCGCAGAAGAGGCACUUCGAAAUCAGUAGCCAGGAGAAGUUGUCACAGGUCAGGCCCAAGCGCAUGAAGUACACCAGCGCUGAGGGGCAGGGUAUCUGGCAGGCGCGCUGUGGCAUUAUAGCGGCUAGGUUGAUGCGAAGUGGGGGCGAGGAAACAAAGUUCCAGAGCUGGUUGCUGGAGGCGGAGUGCAAGAUAAAAGAUGUAGACCAGAGGUUGCUGCGAGAGAGAAAGGCGAAGUGGGCUGGUGAGCCGGAGAUAGCAACAGCAGGAGCAGCAGGAAGUUUUAACGGGCUCAGUAGGGCAGCUACAGCGUGGAGUCCCAGGCGCGCAGACACCUUGGAGAAGGCAGCGUACCCAUCAGAUGCGGCGGGGUACACCUUGAAGGAGUGGAAGGUCGUCUGGAGGGCCAGGGGGGAGUUGCAGGAGGAACCGAGGCCAUGGGAGCAGGAGCCCAGGCAGGGGCUUGAAGACUUCAAGGAGGAGGAUGUGGACAGGAGUCGGGGCUGCACGAGCCACGGGGAGGCAGCUGAGGACGCGGCGUGGGAUGUAUUACUCAGUCAUGAGAUUGACGAUCCCGACGACGAGAGUGAGGAGCUGGAGGCCACCAUCACCGCAGUGCUGGACUUCGUCGACGCCGUUGGAAGGGUGAGUUGGCACGUGCUGUGGGAGGCGGGCAAGCAGCUGAUUUCCAACGCGGGAGUGCUAGCGGUGGUGUGUUCGUACAUCGCGAUGGCAAGGAGGCUCAUAGUGCGGGGUUCAGUGUCCAGCGAGACCAGCACAGUGACCACGAUCGUAGCAGGUAGCAAGUUCCCUGUGUGCUUCCUGAGUAUGGCCAUCCAUUCGACGGUGGGUGGCCCAGUGGUGGAGAGGCCGCGCGCAAAGUGGCGUAUGUAUGUGGACGACCUAGGACUACCAGUAUUGAGAGCGUGCCCGCACGUAGGAGUGGACCUCAUCACGCACGGGACGGCGGCGAAGACGAAGAGUGGGAAGCGGUACAAGGGCAUGCGAGGCAGGGGCAGGAGGCUGGCGAACCUGAAAGGAGGACGGGGGGCCAAGAGCCUGACGCUGCAGCUGGCCCUGGCAGGCGAGGAACCCACACUUGAGGUCACGGAGGCGCCCAUCACUCGCUGGGCGAGGGAGGUUUGGCAAACGGCGCAGGCCAACGAGGUGAACCAGCAGUGGGACAGCGUGGAGAACAUGACGAUGAAGGCGUGGAGGCGACAUCAGCAAGAGGUCGGAAUGAAGCCGGUGUGGGCGAAGGUACGUGGGCCAGCGGGGGCAGCCAUCAUGUCUCGGAGGCGUGCGCAGAGGUCGUGGCCAGCCUGGCAUACAGUCAUCACCAAGGCAGGCUACACCCUGGACGUGCGGGAGGUGUGUCCGAUGGAUGUGGUGGCGAUGCUGCGAAUGGACGUGAACGACAGCUGUGGGGGGAAUGCAGCGAAGAAGGCCUCUGUGAGCGGGAGUUGGACAAUGAGCAAGCUGAGCCAGUGCAGCAUUGGGCCGACGGACAUAUGCAUGGCCUGCGGUUUGGCGGAGGGUACCUCACAUCACAUGUACUACAAGUGUGCAGCCUUGCGGGGGCUGCGCUUGAAGGCGCAGCCUGGGUGGCAGACGGCGGCGGAGCAGCAGGAGAACAACUUGCUCUGGACGAGAGGGGUGGUGAGGCACCCAGAGGCGGACUCGACGUUCAUCGGGAUCGACGAGGGCCAGUACAUGUGCCAGGUGGUGGAGGAAGGAGAUGACCACUUCAUUGGGGACGUCGUGUGCGAUGGCUCUAAACUGGGAUGCAGUGGGUGGGCCCUGACUGGAUGGGCGGCGAUGUCGGUGAACGACGAGGGCAAGCCCAA